UUGAUAUCGUGAAACUACGAGGGAAAUAAUUGCGGGGAUUUCUUCUGGGGCUCUCCCUGCUUCGUCCCCACGGACAUGCCUUCAGUUGGGGGAGCCGAGGCACCCCGUCCUAGGCGAAUGAAGCCCCCCAGCCACGAGGGAGCGAGAUGAAGGGAAAUUCUGCAGUGGAAUGAGAGCUCUCCAUCUAGGUCCUCGCAUCUGCCAUUUGUCCUUUCAAACUGCAUUGUAAUCCGGGCACGGAGGGACGAGCAGCCUCCUGGCCGGAUUUCUCCGCCCGAAUAUACUUUCCAGAUUUCUUUUCUUUGCCCUCCUGCUUCUCGACUGGCCCAGGGAUGACUUCCUCGCUGCAGAGACCCUGUCGGGUGCCCUGGCUACUGUGGGCUGCCCUGCUGGUCAGCACUACGGCUGCUUCCCAGAAUCAAGAAAGGCUGUGUGCGUUUAAAGACCCUUAUCAACAAGACCUUGGGAUAGGUGAGAGCAGAAUCUCUCACGAAAACGGGACAAUACUGUGCUCCAAAGGGAGCACGUGCUAUGGCCUGUGGGAGAAGUCAAAAGGGGACAUCAACCUUGUGAAGCAAGGCUGUUGGUCUCACAUUGGUGAUCCCCAAGAGUGUCACUAUGAAGAAUGUGUAGUAACUACCACCCCACCUUCUAUUCAGAAUGGAACAUACCGUUUUUGCUGCUGUAGUACAGAUUUAUGUAAUGUCAACUUUACUGAGAAUUUUCCACCUCCUGAUACAACACCACUCAGUCCACCUCAUUCAUUUAAUCGCGAUGAGACAAUAAUCAUUGCUUUGGCAUCAGUCUCCGUAUUAGCUGUUUUGAUAGUCGCCUUAUGUUUUGGAUACAGAAUGUUGACAGGAGACCGAAAACAAGGUCUUCACAGUAUGAACAUGAUGGAAGCAGCCGCGUCGGAGCCUUCUCUGGACUUGGACAAUCUGAAGCUGCUGGAGCUAAUUGGACGGGGUCGAUACGGAGCAGUAUAUAAAGGUUCCUUGGAUGAGCGUCCAGUUGCUGUGAAAGUAUUUUCUUUUGCAAACCGUCAGAAUUUUAUAAAUGAAAAGAACAUUUACAGAGUGCCUUUGAUGGAGCAUGACAACAUUGCUCGCUUUAUAGUUGGAGAUGAGAGACUCACUGCAGAUGGACGCAUGGAGUAUUUGCUUGUGAUGGAGUACUAUCCCAACGGAUCUCUGUGCAAAUAUUUGAGUCUCCAUACAAGUGACUGGGUAAGCUCUUGCCGGCUGGCUCAUUCUGUGACUAGAGGAUUAGCUUAUCUUCACACAGAACUACCACGAGGAGAUCAUUAUAAACCUGCAAUUUCCCAUCGAGAUUUAAACAGCAGAAAUGUCCUGGUGAAAAAUGAUGGCACGUGUGUUAUUAGUGACUUUGGUCUGUCCAUGAGGCUGACUGGAAAUAGACUGGUGCGCCCAGGGGAAGAAGAUAAUGCGGCUAUAAGUGAGGUUGGCACAAUUCGCUAUAUGGCACCGGAAGUGCUAGAAGGAGCUGUGAACCUGAGGGACUGUGAGUCAGCUCUGAAGCAAGUAGAUAUGUAUGCGCUUGGCCUCAUCUACUGGGAGGUGUUUAUGAGAUGUACAGACCUCUUCCCGGGUGAAUCUGUCCCAGAACACCAGAUGGCUUUUCAGACAGAAGUUGGCAACCACCCCACUUUUGAAGAUAUGCAGGUUCUUGUGUCGAGAGAAAAGCAGAGACCCAAGUUCCCAGAAGCCUGGAAAGAAAACAGCCUGGCAGUAAGAUCACUCAAGGAAACAAUUGAAGACUGUUGGGACCAGGAUGCAGAGGCUCGGCUCACUGCACAGUGUGCUGAGGAGAGAAUGGCUGAGCUUAUGAUGAUAUGGGAGAGAAACAAGUCUGUGAGCCCAACAGUCAACCCAAUGUCUACUGCCAUGCAGAAUGAACGCAACCUGUCACACAAUAGGCGUGUGCCAAAAAUGGGGCCUUAUCCAGAUUAUUCUUCUUCCUCAUACAUUGAAGACUCCAUCCAUCACACUGACAGCAUUGUGAAGAAUAUUUCCUCUGAGCACUCGAUGUCCAGCGCACCUUUGACCGCAGGAGAAAAGAACCGGAACUCCAUUAACUACGAACGGCAGCAAGCACAAGCUCGAAUCCCCAGCCCUGAGACAAGCGUCACCAGCCUGUCCACAAACACAACCACCACAAACACCACUGGCCUCACGCCAAGUACCGGCAUGACCACCAUAUCUGAGAUGCCAUACCCAGACGAAACAAGUCUGCACGCCACAAAUGUCGCACAGUCCCUAGGGCCCACCCCUGUCUGCUUACAGCUGACAGAAGAAGACUUGGAGACAAAUAAGCUGGACCCAAAAGAAGUUGAUAAGAACCUCAAGGAAAGCUCCGACGAGAACCUCAUGGAGCAUUCUCUUAAGCAGUUCAGUGGGCCAGACCCGUUGAGCAGUACGAGUUCUAGCUUGCUUUAUCCACUCAUAAAGCUUGCUGUGGAAGUGACUGGGCAGCAGGACUUCACACAGGCUGCAAAUGGCCAAGCGUGUUUAAUUCCCGAUGUUCCGCCUGCUCAGAUCUAUCCUCUCCCCAAGCAACAGAACCUUCCUAAGAGACCUACAAGUUUGCCUUUGAACACCAAAAAUUCAACAAAAGAACCCCGGCUAAAAUUUGGCAACAAGCACAAAUCAAACUUGAAACAAGUAGAAACUGGAGUUGCCAAGAUGAAUACAAUCAAUGCAGCAGAACCUCACGUGGUGACAGUCACUAUGAAUGGUGUGGCAGGUAGAAGCCACAGUGUUAAUUCCCACGCUGCCACAACCCAGUAUGCCAACGGGGCAGUGCCAUCCGGCCAGGCAGCCAACGUAGUGGCGCAUAGGGCUCAAGAAAUGCUGCAGAAUCAGUUCGUCGGUGAGGACACCCGGCUGAACAUCAACUCCAGUCCUGAUGAGCACGAGCCAUUGCUGAGACGGGAGCAGCAAGCUGGCCGUGACGAGGGGGUUCUGGAUCGCUUAGUAGACAGGAGGGAACGGCCGCUAGAAGGUGGCCGAACUAAUUCCAAUAACAACAACAGCAACGUCCCGUGUUCAGAGCAAGACGUACUUACACAGGGUGUUACAAGCACAGCUCCAGAUCCUGGGCCGUCAAAGCCCAGAAGAGCACAGAGGCCCAAUUCUCUGGAUCUUUCAGCCACAAAUAUCCUGGAUGGUGGCAGUAUACAGAUAGGCGAGUCAACGCACGACGGCAAGUCAGGAUCAGGUGAGAAGAUCAAGAAGCGCGUGAAAACUCCGUACUCUCUUAAGCGGUGGCGCCCCUCCACCUGGGUCGUCUCCACUGAACCCCUGGACUGGGAGGUCAACAACAGCAGCAGUGACAGGGCCGUGCACUCUAAAUCGAGCACUGCUGUGUACCUCGCAGAGGGGGGUACUGCCACAACCAUGGUGUCUAAAGAGAUGGGGAUGAAUUGUCUGUGAGGCGUUUUCAAGCUUACGGAGUCAAAUUAUUUUUUUGCAUCAUUUAAACGUGCAGAAGACAUUUAAAAACAACUGCUUUACCCUGUCAGCACCCUCCCACUCAUGCAACAGGACUUGCUUGAAAUAGGUUCAGCUAUGCAGAAAUUUUAGCUUAUGCUUCCAUAUUUUUUAAUUUUGUUUUUUAAGUUUUGCACUUUUGUUUAGUCUUGCUAAAGUUAUAUUUGUCUGUUAUGACCACAUUAUAUGUGUGCAUAUCAAAAGUGGUCUCAAAAUAUUUUUUUAAGAAAAAAGCAAAAACAAUGUAUUGCUGAUAAUCAGUUUGGACCAUUUUCUAAAGGUCAUUAAAACAGAAGCAAACGAAGACAGGUUUGACUGCAGUGGUGUCUGGUAUCCAUGUUUUAUUUCUGGGCACAAGCUAGUUUAUAUGUCGAUGUGUUUUGAACAUAUUGUCUGUUGGACAUUCUUCUCUCUCGUAUUUUAUUUGAAUGUGCAAUAGUCUUUAGACCACAAAGAAGCUUUCUCACUGGCUCUCUUCCUAGCAGGGCACACAUCUUCCACAGUUGAAACGUUUCCUGUUCUUCGAUAAUAUGAACAGUCUCUUGCUUUCUCCUUGGAGAGAAUUCAGAGGCUCCAAGCAGGACUUCCCAAACCCUGUUCUGGAAUGCCAUUGUCUUUUAAACUCCAAACACGAAGUGUCUCCUUCCAGGCGUUUCAAUAAGCAUGUUGGUUCUGAUUUUGGAAGUUCAUGAGAGCGUAGAACAAAACAGAAGGAAGCAGAUAUUAGCCUUUCCAUUUUAUUUUUCUACGUGUGUUCACGUUCCAUAUUCAUUUAUUUAAGAAAUACUUUUUAUCAGAAAAUUUAUAGAGCCAAACUUACAUGGAAUUUUUAAGUAAGUAGAUGGGCAGGGUGAUAGAGUGUAGGAACUUUGAUUUUCUGACCAUCACAAAUUAAAUUUCAUUUCCUGUUUAUAAUAACUUCAGAAAAAGUCAUAGUUUUGAAUUUAUAGUAUCUAUUGUUUCCCAGCAAAGCCUGGCAGCUUUAUGUGAAAACGGUUCCUCUUCCCAUGACCUAAAACACUGUGUGGAAAGCUCAAGUCAACCAGCAUGGCCAGUCCCCGGAAGAAGGGCUUGCUGCCAGACUGGAGACUGUCGGGCAGACUAAGGUUGACCCUCUGUCCUCUGCUAACUUUCUUUGCUGAUCCUGUUUUCAUGCUUUCUCCUUUUUACUGGCUUCACGUGCUCUCCACCUUGGAGCAGCAUUUAGUAUUCAUGUUGUAGCCGAGCAUGCCUUCUAGUGACGGCACUGGAAGUCACUGUCACCCUCCUUUGCUUCUUGUCACUAAUGAUCUCUGAAACAGGCUCUGUGUCUUUCAGAAAAGCACUUUCUGUCAUUAUGGGAAUUUUCCCUAAACAUUGUUUCCCGCCAGUUUGCAAACAAACUGUUCUCAUGUUUUUACAUUCUCAGAAUCCUUAAUAUUCAUUAUCUAAUUAAGUUUUACAUUUUUGCAGGGGGAGAUACAAAAGUUAAGUAGAAGUCUCCAAACUCCUGAUUUUGGUCAGUUCUCAUGUCUCAAACCCCAUUUUCUCAUCUGUAAUCCUACACCCUUACCGUUUACUGAAGCCGGCCCACUUCCCCUUGUCCCAGAGCUGGUGACUUCUUGUCUGAGCCACCUUUACCUGCCAUCUGCUCCGCUGCUCGGAUGUGACAGCAUUUAGAACAUUUAUUCAGCUGGAUUGCUGACUAUGGAGUUCUCAGUUCUUAGGAUUAGGAUUAGCUCAUCGGUGCCCAGGAUUCCCUUCUCCCUUUUGUGUUUUAUUGGCCCUUCUGGUCGUUCAGAUUGUUUUUGUUUUUUUUCGUGACAGGGUUUCCCUGUGUAGCCUUAGCUGUUUUGGAUCUCGCUGUGCAGACCAGGCUAGCUUUGAACUUGGAUUCUUAAUAUAUAUUUCUGUCUUCUGGCAUACGGUUUCUUUCAGACAGUCACUAUUUUCUAACUAAGUAACAAAUAACUUGUGUCUUUCACUUAUUUCUCUUGUCCAAAUGGCUUUCAGAUGCAUUUCAGGAUUUUUGUUUUUCAGUUGUGGGAUGUUAAAUCAGAGUAACUUAUAUCCCUUCCGUCUCUCGUCUGAAGCAUUGAGAACAAACGACCUUGUGAGUCCAACUGUCUCUUCCAGUCAGAACACUGUCUGUCCUACAGGCUGCCAUAGUUUGUAUUGGGGGCAGUCAGCUGUGAAUUCUCCAACAGUCUUUAAUGAUUAAUACAUUAUAAAAUGCUUUAAAAAUUAAUAUGCCGGGGCUGGAGAGAUGGCUCAGAGGUUAAGAGCACUGCUUGCUCUUCCAAAGGUCCUGAGUUCAAUUCCCAGCAACCACAUGGUGGCUCACAACCAUCUGUAAUGAGAUCUGGUGCCCUCUUCUGGCCUGCAGGGAUAUGUGCAGAUGGAAAGCUGUAUACAUAAUAAAUAAAUAAAUCUUUAAAAAAAUUAAUAUGCCAAAUUAAAAGAAACAAGUAUAGUUUCCCAUCUCAUGCAGAUAUAUUUAAAACAAAUAAUUCCUUUCACUGAUAUAUGGUAACUGCUUGAAAAAUAGGAAAGGUAGAAAGUAGAGGUCAUUUUAAUAAAUUUUGAAAACCAUACUACACAGUACACAAAAAUCCCUUUAAUAACUUCAAUUACUUUUUAGCUUUAUCUGAUUCUUGAAGCUGACACUGAAUUGACCACAUUUCACAUAAAAAAAUUAUUUUGAGGCCUUUUGAAUAAAAGUCAUUCAGUUCAAAAAUAUUUCCUUGGACAAUAGUAUAACCUUACUAGACAUCAGAGUGUAGUGCUAGUCCCCUUAAGAAAGUGCCAGUUGUAGGGCUGGAGGGAUGGCAAGGCGGUGAAGAGUGCUUGUUGCUCUUACAGAGGACCAGGUCCACUUCACAGCGGCUCUGUGGCAACUCACAGCUUCCCCUGCAUCCAGUUUCCUCCCUUGGCCUCCACUGACGUACGCAUAACACCCCCCACACACACCCACACACACAAACAUACACAUAAUUAAAAAAAUCUUAAAAUCCUAAUUGUAUACCAGAACUAAGUAAUGGAAAGAACUUGAUUUGAAUUAUAUAUAGAAUAAAAUGAUUUAAAUUAAAACCUAAAAAGAAAUGUAAAUGUAUAAUUUGAAAAACACUGUAGAAAUUUGUAAAAAGACAUAUACUGAAAACUGGCAUGUACAUACACUAUUUUUUUCAUCUUCAGAGUAAUCAUAUUUUAAUUCAUACUCAUAUUUUACAGACGAGGAAACAAAAAUUAAGAGAAUUAAUUUGUCCAAGUUUACCUGGGGUAAAAUCCCAGGUCUGUUUCUGUACAUCCCUUUCAUCCACACCCAUGGUUACAUUCUUUAUGGACGGAUGUGUAAUGAACUGACAUUUUGUGCUCCAGCAGACUUUGUACUCCAGAUUCCUUAAUGAUUUGAGAAGUUAGGUCAGCAUAACAAAGUCUGUAAUCACUGUUGCUUAAAAGACAAUUACUAAUUCAAUACAAAAUUCGACCUACAUCUUAAAAUCACUUCGCUUAUCUCCUAAUAUUCUUACAUUGCAAAACUAAAGGCAAAGUAAAUUUUCAGAGAAAAGCGAAGGAAGCCAUGGAAGCAGACUCCUAAAGUGAUUCCAUACUAGAUUUGGAAACAGCAGUUAAAUAUACGUUUUCACUCUUCUUAACCCUUUGCCUCCAUCUUUAAAAUUUCUGCUUUAACAAUGUUAGAAAAACUGUUAAGCCAGAGAACCAAGUAAGAUGUAGAAAAAAUACAAGAUUAUACCCUUUUUAUAAGUCAGGUUGGUGUAGCUUCCUUCCAUGUGUGUAUUUGUUCCAGAAACGGUAUGUUGGUUCUGGAUGAGAAACCAGAGAAGGUACACUGGAGUAGUCAGUCGGUGGGAGGGAAUUAUCACAAAUUUUGGCAGAUCUUUUUAUUUAAGAUAUUUUCAAGUUUGACUUCUAAAUCCCAAAGGAAUACCUGGUAGGCUGCAACUGUUAUUCUGCACAUUUAGUCUCUAUUAACUAGUCAUUUAAAAUGGAAAAAAAAUUCAAUAAACGUUUGUUUCCUUUUUUUCAUAUUUAUGGACAUGAAUAUUUCAUUGGGAGUCACUAGUAUUUGAUAUUAUAUAAUAUUUUAUACCAUAUUUUAUAAGCCUAUGUUGACUUAGUACUGGUCAUGUGUAUGACUAUCCACAAGAUUUUUUAAAAAUAUAUGAUUGCUUUAUAUCCCGAACUCCUUAAAAGAUAGAUUCUGAGUGCGUGCUAGUUGAGGUCCUAGACCGCCAUUCUGGGAAGUGUGUAACACACCCGCAGGACCCCAGGAAUCUCUUUUGGGCUAUGAUAAUUUUCAGUAUUCACACCCUUAACUACCAGUGGGCUGUGGUGCUUCUGUUUUCCAGGAGAUAAAGUUGCAUUUUAACUUUUUUUUAGAUUAUGAACUAUGCAAACUUUGUCCAAAAACUACCUUACACGAUCCCUUCCUAACCAUGCUCGUUGGUUAUGUGAGUCUAGCCGGCUACCUCCAGAGCGAUGACGUACACAAAGGCUAUUAUCAAGAGGAGGGUCUCCACAGUGCCCACAGCAGCACAGGAGGGGCAGCAGCACCUGCUCUUCCUCUCGGAAAAUCCCUCGUGGUUUGUGCUGUCUGUCUGUCCCUGCACUGUCUGACUGGCAGUUGUGUGUCAGGAAAGUUUCCUUCAUGCCUCUUCCGUCUCUCUUGUUUGGUCUGAAGUGUCUCUCAUCCCUGAGAGGGAAAAGAGAAUAAAUGGGCCUCCUCUCCAGCGCUCUUUAGUCGGCUUCCAGCUUCUCAGUUAACACUUCAGUUCAUCACAUAAAAUCAGUCCCCUUCCUAUAGGUCUUUUUCUCCUCAAAUCUAUUUUAAUUACUUUAUUUAUAUUUAAGAGCACAUAAAAUUCUAUGUUAUAUUCAAAUUAGUUGCUCCAGUUAAUUUAUAGCACAGUAGUUUGAUAGAAUUCAGAGUAAAGAUGUUACCAUUUGAUUUGGAUUUAAUCAUCAGACCACCCCAAAACCAGCACUUAAUUUGUGUAUUAUCUACAUUUACUAUUGCAUUGUAUUUUAUGAUUUUAUAUCUGCACAGAUAUAACUAAAAAGCCAUGCAUAUGUAAUUGUGUAUCAUUUUCAUUAAACUUUCACCUGUGUCGCAGUGAGUUUGAGUGUCACAAUUGAGCCACAACUAAUAUUAUACAUGUUUCUUCAUAUCAAAUACUGUAUUAAACACUAAAUGCAAAAUAACCUUCAAAGCAGAUCCUACAAAAAUCAGGUAUUAUCCAUGGAUAUUUCCGUCUUUUUGUCGACCACUUUUGAAAUGCUUACCAUUGUUUUUGCAGCAUAGAGUGGGUGGACUAAAACAAUUUUCAUUUAACUUUUAAGUGGUUAAAGUUGGGUCUACAUAGAGGGUAAAUCUUUAAGAUUUAUCUCGUGGCAUAUAGGUUUGAAAGUAAAUAUUCGAGAAGCUGUACUGUAUGUUAAAAUUAUGCCCCAAGUAAAUCUAUUGAAUCUUUUUAAAAAACUCCAAUUUAUAUUAGUACUAUGAUGUUUGAGGUGUUUCUAAUGAACAUUGUAAAGAUACACAUUCAUUUGUAGAACUUAGUUUGCAGCCCACAUUAAAAUCUGGAGCAGGAAGAAUCUUUAGAACUAAAUUGCUUCAUUAGGACGCCCAGUUUGUAACUGAAUUUCACGAAAAUUGACUGUACUUGAAGUUACAACUUGACUGUUUUUUCUUUUUAAAAGGUCCCCCCCCUUUUUUAUUUGUAUUUUCAAUUUCAGAAAUACCUUCCUGGUUUAUAAUCACUUUUAGACAUAGUAUUACUUAAAAACUCAGGGCCCCUUUUAUCUGUUUGCACACUGAAAACGUUCAGUUGAUGGCAAACAAGCAAUUAGAUCUAGUUGGAUAUUUAAAAGUGUUUGUUGCAUAGUGAUAUGUCAUCAUAUUAUUUGACUUAAUUCACAUCAACAUGAUAUUUGAUUUCAUUAAUCAUAAAAACUUGCCCAGUUCUGUAAUUACUGAAUAGAAGGAAUGACUCAACUCAUCGGCCACAUGUUCCAGCAGAUUUAAGCCUUGGCCUUAAAGCGCUGGCUUAAACACCUUCUGUUCUUGGUUGUGGUUGUACCUGACGGAACAAAUGUUCAUUUGGUUUUGUUUUUAAUAACAGAGCUUAGGAAAGUAAUUCUGAGAUAGAAUUUUCUUAAGAGAUAAUUAGCAUUAUAAAACUUUCUUCUAAAAGUGAGCUGAUGACUAGCUUUAGUGAUGGCUUGAGAAGGUGAUCUAUGGUAACCAGUUUUUCACACUGUCAGAGCCAAACAAUUUUUCUUUAAGUCAGACAAACUUAAGCUCUAAUUGGUCUGCUGUAUAUUUAACUCUUAGCAGUGGAGUUAUUUGUGAUCAGUCUCUUGUCUCAGGCUCCCUCCCUUGUUAUCAGUCUUAAGUAUAUAAAAGAAACAUUUGUGAGGAUGUAUAAGAGUAAGAAAAGUAAUGACUAAAAAAUGCAGUUCAAAGCAAUUAGGUUUCAGCUUAAUAUUGAGUUGCUUGACUUCUGUGGCUUUUUUUUUUUUUCUUUCCUGGUAACAUUUAUUUAUUUAAGCGAUAUUGUAUGUUAUGUCUUCAUUUCUAUAGAGAUUGUAUUGUAUAAGUGUUUGUGUAAGCUGGAAUCAUCCUGAAUUUUCUGUUGCUAAUUUUUUCAAGUGAAUUUACAUGGAUAACUGUAAAAUACACUAACUCUUAGGGUGUGAUAGCUGAAACGUGGAGAUGUGUAGCUGCCGUGUUUUUUCUGAAUGGACAGAAGAAACACUAGCUACCGAGUAUUCAUUUCUGAGGAUGCCUUUUAGGAAAAGAAAGGCUGGCAGUGUUGGCCCUUCCUCAGAACCCUCUCGCUUGUUAACGGGUAUCUUUUGUUGGUGUAUUUUGUUCUUACAUUGCAGAUAGAAUAUCGUGUGUGAAUUUAUGAAUAAUUACUUUUCAUUUAUUUUGCUUUUGUAUAAGCCAUCUGAGACCUUGCUAUGCUGUGUAAGUUGUGUUUGAUGGAGCAGUGUGAGUAUGAAAUAAAGCAGAUCACUUUCUUUUGUAUUAUCUAUGGAUGCCACUAUGAACGCUGACAUUAAGCCACUAAAGAGUUUUCUAUGAAUAAGUGUAAGUAAAUGCUUUGAUAUAUAUAAACCUAAAUAAAAAGAUUGUAUUGAGACAGAGACAUUGGCAAAGGAAGUUUUAAGGCAGUUCUUUAGGUUUAAAAAGGCUUGCUGUAAAAUGGUGCAUUAUUCCAUUUAUUAAAGAUCAUAUUAAUGACAACA